AUGUGUGAACACUGUGGGAACCCCUUGGCGUCGGAGGCCCCCCACCUCCACCACCCCCCUGCAGCCCAGCCUUCGUCCCCCACGCCCAGACCCCCCAUCCGACCCCACCCCCAUACCCACCAGCACCCAUCCCCAGGAGCAAACAGUCUACAGCUGAGGAAGAACAGCUUCUACGGUUCGUCCUCGUCCAUGAGGGCGCCGCCGCUGCGCGUGGACACGGUGAUGAACCCGCCCAUCCCGGUACGCAUUACCACCCGGGCCGGCCUGCUACUGCCACACAACGGGAGACCCGUGGUGGCGGGGCUGGUGGGGAGCUGCUGCGCCGGGAAAGUCGCCGCCAACAAAGGCAGGAGGACGGCGGCCGCCAAGCAACACAAGAUCAACGACCCCAGUAAGUCCACUGACCCAUCCCGGCCUGCUAAGUACUCACUCCUCACAUCUCUACAGUGGUUAGUCUCAGGGUUUACUGCAGGGCUUUGCAUUGUGUGAGGUAGUGCAGAAAGUAUUCAUUUCAACUGGCAGUACAGAAUGUUCUUGCUAAUAAACCACACACCUCAAAACCACUAGCACCUGUCUGUACAUCUUACCUCUCUCACACAAGGUCACAUCUGUUUGCAAACAAAGGCCACUUUUCAAAAUAUAAAUCUCCUCUUCUUGAAAUAAUACAUUCAACUAUGGUGGCGUGAGUGACUCAUUCUCAGUCAUGAAAUGAUGUCUAAUGUGUGCGUUCCAGUCGUGCUGUCCAGUGACGAUGAGGAGGAUGAAGCAGACAACGGCAGCACUGGUAGCGUCAACAGGCUGGACAGCGUCUCCCCGCUGCCCGCUGACUCUGCCCACUCCUCGCCAGCGCCCUCCGGAGGCAGGGUAGAGGCGGCAGUGAAGAGUAGCGCAGGAGGGGAGCAGGAGGAGAUCACCUCCGACUUCUUCUCCGACGUCGACAGCAGAAUUUCACUACCCAAAAGGAACCGCGUGAAAGAUCAGGUAUGUGCUGCUUCUUUUAAAUACACUUAGUGUACAAAACAUUAAGGACACCUGCUCUUUCCAUGACAUAGACUGACCAGGUGAAACCAGGUGAAAGCUAUGAUCCCUUGUUGUCACUUGUUAAAACCACUUCAAUCAGUGUAGAUGAAGGGGAGGAGACAGGUUGAAAAAGGAUUUCUAAGCCUUGAGACAUGGAUUGUGUAUGUGUGCCAUUCAGAGGGUAAAUGGGCAAGACAAAAUAUUUAAGUGCGUUUGAACGGGUAUGGUAGUAGGUGCCAGGUACACCGGUUUGUUUCAAGAACUGCAACCUGCUGGGUUUUUCACGCUCAACAGUUUCCGGUGUGUAUCAAGAAUGGUCCACCACCCAAAGAAAGGUCAUCCAGCCAACUUGACACAACUGUGGGAAUCAUUGGAGUCAACAUGUGUCAGCAUCCCUGUGGAAAGCUUUCGACACCUUGAAGAGUCCAUGCCCCGACGAAUUAAGGCUGUUCUUAGGGCGGAGAGGGGGGGGUGCAACUCAAUAUUAUAUAUAUCAAAGGUGUUCCUAAUGUUUGGUAUACUCGGUGUACAGUGCAUUUAGAAAGUAUUCAGACCCCUUGACUUUUUCCACAUUUUGCUACGUUACAGAUCAAUUUUUUUCCUCAUCAAUCUACACACAAUACCCAAGAAUGACAGCAAAAACAGGCUUUUAUACAUUUUAGCAAAAUAUUUAAAAAAUAACUUUAGAAAAUUACGUAUUUACAUAAGACCCUUUGCUAUGAGACUCGAAUUUGAGGUCAGGUGCAUCCUGUUUCAAUUGAUCAUCCUUGAUGUUUCUACAACUUGAUUGGAGUCGACCUGUGGUAAAUUAAAUUGAUUGGACAUGAUUUGGAAAGGCACACACCUGUCUAUAUAAGGUCCCACAGUUGACAGUGCAUGUCAGAGCAAAAACCAUGCAUUGAUGGUCCCCAAUAACACAGUGGCCUCUAUCAUUCUUAAAUGGAAGAAGUUUGGAACCACCAAGACUCUUCCUAGAGCUGGCCGCCUGGCCAAACUGAGCAAUCGGGGGAGAAGGACCUUGGUCAGGGAGGUGACCAAGAACCCGAUGGUCACUCUGACAGAGCUCCAGAGUUCCACUGUGGAGAUGGGAUAACCUCCCAGAAGGACAACCAUCUCUGCAGCUCUCUGUCAAUCAGGCCAUUAUGGUAGACUGGCCGGACGGAAGCCACUCCUUAGUAAAAGGCACAUGACAGCCCGCUUGGAGUUUGCCAAAAGGCACCUAAAGGACUCUGAACAUGAGAAACAAGAUUUCUCUGGUCUGGUUGAAAACAAGAUUGAACUCUUUGGCCUGAAUGCCAAGCGUCAUGUCUGGAGAAAACCUGGCACCAUCCCUACUGUGAAGCAUGGUGGUGGCAGCAUCAUGCUGUGGGGAUGUUUUUCAGCGGCAGGGCCUGGGAGACUAGUUAGGAUCGAGGGAAAGAUGAACAGAGCAAAGUACAGAGAUCCUUGAUGAAAACCUUCUCCAGAGGGCUCAGGACCUCAGACUAGGGCGAAGGUUCACCUUCCAACAGGACAACGACCCUAAGCACACAGCCAAGACAACGCAGGAGUGACAUCGGGACAAGUCUCUGAAUGUCCUUGAGUGGCCCAGCCAGAGCCCGGACUUGAACCCGAUCGAACAUCUCUGGAGAGACCUGAAAAUAGCUGUGCAGCGACGCUCCCCAUCCAACCUGACAGAGCUUGAGAGGAUCUGCAGAGAAGAAUGGGAGAAACUCCCCAAAUACAGGUGUGCCAAGCUUGUAACUUCAUACCCAAGAAGACUCGAGGCUGUAAUCGCUGCCAAAGGUGCUUCAACAAGGUACUGAGUAAAGGGUGUGAAUACUUAUGUAAUUGUGAUAUUUCUGUUUUUUUGUUUUGUUUUUUUGCUAAAAAAUCUAAAAACCUGUUUUUGCUUUGUCAUUAUGGGGUAUUGUGUGUAUAUUGAUGAGGAGAGAAAAUGAUUUAAUCAAUUUUAGAAUAAGGCUGUAACGUAGCAAAAUGUGGAAAGAGUCAAGGGGUCUGAAUACUUUCCGAAUGCACAGUAUAUGUGCUGCAAGCGGCGUCAGUGUAUAGGAUGGCACUUGUGUGGAUACGUAAUGAAAUGUUGUUUUUUUCUGCAGUUCUCACAAAUGUAAGCCACAUUUUGUACACAGACGUGGCUACAGUGAGCCAGUCUUAUAGUGAGCUGUUUUGGCACAUUUCAGUCUGGAUAUAUUGACUCCUGUCAAAAUGUCCUUGAGAACUCAAUGUUCCUGAUCUGCUCUCUCAAGGUAACUUUGUGGGUUGUUUUGCUUGGCAGCAAAUUAUGUUACUGGGUAUUUCUUUAUUCACCAAGAUAGUUGUUUUUGGCAGCCAUUGGGAGUGGGAGUAACAAUUUUAAGUCUCCUAAUUUACUUUUUUGCUUGUUCAGGAUCGUUUUCCUUUGAGAAACAUACCACUCCUGACAUUUAUCUUUCAAACUAAUUAGGCAGCUGAAUCUAAAUGACCAGUUGAGGAAGAAUCCAAUGUUGUUGGCAAGUACUGAUUUAGAGGAAUUAAUGAUAUGAAGCAGAAGAUUUCAAGGCUGACCGUGUGUUUUCAGUUUGGAAACCAAAUACCUGACGACUCUACACCCAGGAAAAAACAGAAGAGCUCUCCCUACAAGUUAGACAGCAUCAUCCUGGACUGUAGGAGCGUGAGAGUAGGGACUCUUCGCAGGAUGGUGACCAAACCUGUCAUUGUAAGUACUCUGCUCCUAUACUCUGUUCUCUCUCUGUACAGACACUCAGUCUGGCUUAUCUAAAAUAUUUCCAAAAACAAUAGCCUAUAGCAAUAUGGUCAAAGCUGCAAUUAUUUAUACUAAUUGUCAUACUGACAACUGUAUCAUUCAACCAUCUUUGUCUUUCAGUUUACGGUCGAUUACAUUCAACUUGAAACUGAAGGUGAGCGACAUAAGAACAUCAAGUGUCUUAAGCAUUUUUUCCUCUGCUCUCCAAUGAAAAAAUAUUGUCUGCAUUAUACACACACUCUAGUACAGUAUGAAGGGUGGCAAAAUGUCAAUACAUUUCCCCAAAUUCCCAAGUUUUCUAGAAAUCGUGGGUGGAGGAUUCUCAAUUUCCUGCUUAUUCCCUCAUGUUUCAGGGAAUCAUCCAACCGGGAUUUCUGGACAACCUGGGAAUUGUGGAAACGUUACUGGAAUUUUGCAAACCUAACAGUAUGUUAUAGUGCUUUGUAUCCCAGGUCCUGAGGUCGAUACUCUGGAGAAGGUGCGUCUGCAUGCGUCGGGGCUGAUCAGCUGUGAGUGGUGCAGCGUGAGGAAGCUGCCUGUACUCUUCUUCCAGACCACCCCCGAGGAAUGUCUGCGGCUCCGCACCCAGCUCAAGAUGACCCGCGACAAGGGAGGCCUGUGGUACGACUGUGCUGGCAACGGUGAGGACUGCAGACAUUUUACAUACAGAUGCCAAUCGAAAAGUGAAGCACCCUUGCCAGAAUAUGUUUGUUGUUUACAAAACGUGUCAACGUUGACUGUGUUUGGAGAAGCCUUUCUAUGACAUAUCAUUUUUUGCUAAAUAAAGCAAGUCUGUGACCUCACGGUCAACAAAAUGUCAAAUCUUAUUGCUCUCCCUACUCACCUCAGACUCUGACGAAAAGUACAUUGUGCUGAUCUUUGAGAACGGGCUGUCGAUGCACGAGCAGAUGAUUCUAGAGGAGAUUCUACAGGAGAUCGGCCGAGCCAACAACCUCAACGAGUUCCCCACCAAACUGCCGUUUGAUGAGGCUAACAUCAGAUUGGUCAACUACAACAAAGCAACAAAAGAAAAGGUGGGCUUUCUCUACAUGGAAGAUUAGCGUCUUGGAGCCUUUUGAGACUAGCUAACAAAAGAUGUGUUGCUGGUGUUGCCUUUCUUCUGCAAGUUUUCAACAAACUGUCUCUUUUAAACAAACCUUUGACCAAGAUAUUUUGGUUUCAUCACUUUCUUGUAGGUAAUUCAUAAUGGCAGUAAAGCCAACAACACACCGGCACCAACAGUGCAGACUCGCAUGGCCACACGGCAGCAGACCAGCACGUUCUUCGAUGAUGAAGACGAUGACAUGGCCGAGCACCAACCCACCUUCACUGGACCAAUCGUAAAGUAUGAGGGUUAUCUAUCUCCUACUCCUGGGUCAUGUUCAUUAGGCACCAAACGGAAGAAAAUGGACUGAAACAGGAAGGGGCUAUCUGAACUUGUCCAAUAAGAAACCGUUUCGGUGUGCCCUAAUGAAUACAACCCUGUCCUCUUAAGUAUUAUUCUAAAGUUUUUGUUCCUAAUGAUAAUCAUUGGAUGGUUGUGUUGUAGGUUGAUGGUGUACCCCCCUCCUCCAGCCAAAGGGGGCAUAUCGGUCACUAACGAAGACCUCCACUGCCUUAACGAUGGAGAAUUCCUAAACGACGUCAUCAUAGACUUUUAUUUAAAGUUGGUGGCAUUUGCUUUCCAUUGUAUAUUUUCCAUUGUUUUUCAAGUCACAUUCUAGGUUUGAUAUUCUAGAAACACAAAAUGCUUGCUUUUGUAGUAUACUGGGAAUUUUGCCGACCUUACAAGGAUAGUGGAUUAACUGUCUUUCUAUGUGUGCAUCUUCCCUUAGAUAUUUAGUUUUGGAGAAGUUGAAAAAAGAAGACGCACAAAGGAGUCACGUGUUCAGCUCCUUCUUUUACAAGAGGCUCAACCAAAGAGAGAGGAGAAACGUCCCAGACACGACUAACCUAACGUGAGUCUCCUCUGCCCGGAGAGGCCCAACAGCCCCCAGAUCUAUUUGGGCUGUUUUGUCAACUCAUUUGAUCAUUAUCACACCUAACAUUGUUUGAAUUGUCAAGACAGCACAAACUGAUGUGGGACCAGGCAAGGGCAACACAUUUCAGACAGAAUUCAGUAAUGCAGCUAAAACCAUGUCUCUUGUUUGCUGGUUGUCAGGAUCCAGAAGAGGAAGCACAACAGGGUGAAGACGUGGAGCCGACACGUAGACCUGUUCCAGAAGGACUUCAUCUUUGUUCCCAUUAACGAGUCGUGAGUGCUGCUAAAUACCCCUGGCUGCAUCCCAAAUUACAGCCUAUUCCCUAUGUAGUGCACUAUAUUUGACCAGAGCCUGACUAUAUAGGGAAGGGAAAGGGGAUACCUAGUCAGUUGCGCAACUGAAUGCAUUCAACCGAAACGGAUCAGAGAGGUGCGGGGGGCUGCCUUAAUCGACGUCCACGUCAUCGGUGACCAGGGAGCAGUUGUUGUGGGGGUUAACUGCCUUGCUCAAGGGCAGAACGGCAGAUUUUUCGGUUAUUGUCCCAACGCUUUAACCUCUAGGCUACCUGCCAUUUCGGAUGUGAAUGUCUACAUGGAAAUUAAUUUAACGUUUUCUUGUCUCAAGUGCAAUGGUAAAGGUGAACAGACUGAUACAAAAUAAUAGACAAAGAUGGUAGACCUAACUGUCUCUCUUAACCAAACCCAUUGCUGUAUGUGUUUCAGAGCCCACUGGUACUUGGCAGUGAUCUGCUUCCCAGGCCUUCAGGGCCCACAGUUGGUGCCCAACCCACUCUACCAGGCCCCGGAGCCAGCACCAGGGCCAACACAGGCAGCUCCCCAGGACAGCCCACCUGACCACUGCCGGCCCCUGUCUCCAGAGCCAGACCACUGUGAGCCUCUGUCCCCACACAGAGAGGAACCCGUGGCCCCCUCAGAGAAGCUGUCCCUCAGUGCCACCGAGGCCUCCUCUGGGGGACACUCCCACAGCGAGCAGCCAAAGGGGAUGUCAACCUGUCCCAAUGGGGGCCAAGAGCCUCCCAAGACCUUUGGAGCCAGGGUGAAUGGACAGGUCAACGCCCAGCCACAGUACACAGGUAAGCCACAGGCAGACGUCACAACUUGCAAGUGGCUUUUCAUUGCACUUUGUACACUAAGUUGUAUCCUGUGCAUAUGGCAAAUAAACUUUGAUUGCGAUUUCUUGGAAGCUGUGUGGAAACUGAUGGAAGAUGAGUCUGUGAUAUCACUGGCCUUUUAAUCAUGUUUUGCAGAUGGCUUGCACAGAAUCAGUGUGUGUUAUGGAUCAGCUGGCGGCAAUAGUGAUGACACCCAUACCUUUUCUGAUGAUCAAAGCUCCUGCCAGGUAACGGUGGAAUGUGCUACUCUGUUUGGUGACAUUUCCCAGGAAGUUAAAUUAAUGUUAUUUGUCACUUUGUUGUUCCUUUUGUUUAGGAUGAGUGCAGUGAGGAUGGUGUACUUGCUGAGGACCCGGUUACCCCUGAGAGCUCGGAGUGUACCUCUAAACCCACCAUCUGUAAACAGUGAGUAGGAGAGGAAGUUCUACUUGUGCCAGUAGAUGGCGAUAUUGCUCUCCUGACACCUUUGUGGCUAGUGUGAUUUGAGGUGAUUGUCCAUUCAGAUUUACCUCAGAAUCACAAUGUUUUAGGUAUUUGCUGAGUGAUUUGCUUGUUUUCUCAGGCCUUGCAUUCUCAUCAUGGACUCGUUACGUGGUCCUGCCAGAUCGUCAGUAGUUAAAACAUUACGAGAGUAAGUCAAUAUUUUCAUUUUGUACUUUAUCUGAGUGUUACAUGCAUUGGCGCGCCAAAGCAAACCUUCCCAAGCCAUUUAUAUUUUGUUUUUGUGUGUGUGUGAUUUGCAUGUGUGUAACUGCAGGUACCUGGAGGUGGAGUGGGAGGUGAGGAAAGGAAGUCAGAGGAGUUUUGGGAAGGACCAGAUGAAAGGCUCCAACCCGCGUGUGCCUCAACAAGAUAACUUCAGCGACUGUGGAGUCUACGUCCUGCAGUAUGUGGAGAGCUUCUUCGAGGUGAGAGCAUAGGCUGAAGGCGACGCGGCUCUGUUCAAAAGUAGUGCACUAUAUAGGGAAUAGGGUGGGAUUUAGGAUGCGCAAGGCCAGAAGUACAACCAGUGCAGUGUAUACUAUAACAGAUACCUGGGGCCAUGUAAUGGGAUGAGGUCCAUUUUAAUUUUCUAUUGGUUGUAUUUUUAGAUUGCCAAUGUUUACCGAAUUGAUUCACUGUAACAACUACUGAUAGCAGACUGCUAACCAGAAGUGAAUCCCAAAUACGAAUACCAGCUACUGUUGUUAAUCAAUAAAGCAAUCGCACCAAACCAGGGCGUUAUAGACUAUUGAUUUUGAAGCUCAUUUUCUACCUUACAACACUCCAAAAAUAGAUAGGCCAUUGCUUAGGAGUGAAUCCAUAAUAAUGACGUUUUUCCGCCCUCCACUCAGAAUCCGAUUGCCAGCUUUCAUCUCCCUGUGAACCUGGCGGAAUGGUUCCUGCAGCAACGGAUGAAGACGAAACGCGAGGAGAUCAAGGAGCUCAUUCGAAAGAUCCAAUCCCAACAGAAGAAGGAGGCAGGCCAGGGCUCAGCCAAAGGCUCUCCUGGAGAACAGGAGGUGGGAGGAGAGGAUACAGAUGAAGGUGUAGAGAUAGAGAUUCAGAACCUGCCCGUCAGCCCCUGAGGUGCACUGUCUGGUCCAAAACUGCUACCUACCUACUCUCUUUUACUUUGACAUGGUAGUCCUAUCUAUCGGGUGGGGCUCUCGCUGCCUGGCCAAGCCUGGAGGUCGGUCCAUCUGCCCGCCUGCCCCGGCCUGAUUGUAUGCUGCUGGAUUCCCCCCCCC